UUCCCCCUGACCCACUUCCAAUGUUACGCAUCACUCUAAAAAAACCUAAACUUUUAUUCUAAUUAACAACUUUUGAAUAGAAUAGGUAAGUUUCUUGCUUGACGGUGGAUACAAUGAACGUCAGUUCAGCGCGAGUCGUGCCUUCAAGAACAAUCCAGUUUAAACCGCCGAAUGUUUAAGAAUUUCAGUUUAGUAUUACAUUAAGAUGCAGAGCUUGUUCAGCUCGUUUCUUGCACUGUGCCUCUUGUGCAACUGUUGCAUAAACUUCAAUCACGCGGCGCUGCUCUAUCCCACAAAUUCGUAUUAUGGUGUAACUUGCUAACUGUUGUUAGAGACUUGCGCAUUUUGUGGCUAACGUCCUUCUAAUUUGCAGGUCUUUAUGGCUAUAUCUGUGCCAGUUAGUUUGCCGCAUCGCAAUAUUUUUCUAUCCUACAAUUACGAGUUUAAUUACUAUAAGCCUGAGCAUGUUUAUAAGUUUCCUUCAAUUUUGAUGGGACAAGAUUUUGAGGAUGAUUAUUUGACAUAUCCCACACUAUAUGCUCGGGAAGGUAAAUCGUGUGUGAAUUGCACUGGGAGUGCCAAUAAUACGCAAAAGGAGAGCAUGAAAAUACCUGCGGGGCAGCAGAAAUUAUCAGAGACACCAGCAAAGCAUCGAGAGAGACGCAAUUUGCCGAUAAUAUCGCGUAAAACCUUCUAUGCCAUGAUCAGGGAUAAACUAGAUAGAUCUGGUUAUCCCGCAGAGGCCUGUUUGCUGCGUUUGAUAUGCGAGACGAAUGCCUCAACGCUGGGCGAGAUUAAUGGACUUCUGGGCAACAUUGUGCAUGUCAUAUUUAGCCCCAGCAGCUCUAGGGAUGAGCAUCUACCCAAUGCCUACUAUCAAGCCGAGUCUGAUGGAGUGCAGCAGCAAUGUGCGCACUACGAUGGCGAUUGUCCACACAAUGUAUUGGAUUUGAUCUCGGUGCCCGUGGAGCGACUAAUACAAGAUCAUGUACAUAGAAGAAGAAGAAGAAAAUAAAAUGGAGUACAUAUGCUAAAUUAAACAU